AUGGCGGGUGCAUGCAGCAGAACACCCAUUUCCCUUCUUCCUCCGCGGAACCCCAAAGUCAGAAUCCAGAAUUCUCAGAGUAAAGUUCUUCAACUUCCACAUAGGCGUCUGUUCCUCUUCUCUCUGCCCCUGUCUAGUUUCCUUCUCCUUCCUAUUCCCAGCUUUGGUGAUGGUAACGGUUCAAUUAUUGAUAAAUUUCAACAUGGUUCUUCUUCACUUGCUGCCACAAUGUAUGACCCUAUAAGUGCAGCUGAAAGAGACGCAAGUGCUUUACUUUCACAGCGAGUGUCUCAAGCCGUCGAUUUGUUGGAGAAAGGGAGGGAAUUGCAGGCGCAGGGUGACUUUACUGCCGCUCUUGGUUACUUUUCUCAGGUUAUUGAAAGCUACAAAGACUUGGCAUUCUCAGAGUAUGCCAGAGUAGGAAGAGCAUUGGCCCUGUAUGAAGUUGGUGACAGAGAAGAAGCAAUUGCAGAGAUGGAGGACGUUUCAAUAUCUCUAAAAGGAUAUCCAGAAAUACAUGCUGCUCUUGCAGCAGCCUUAUAUGCAGAUAAGCACGCCGCUUUGCUUGCUGAAAAUCAGUUUGCCAUUGCAACUCUUCUUGAUCCCCAUUUUACAGACCUUUCAUAUGUCAGAGACACAAAGCACUGGCCUCCAAGUUUGAUCAGUUCUCUGCAGCACUUCAUCACACUAUCUUGA